AGGAACUGACGAAGAGUGAUAACUGAUCAUGAAGGUCAGAGCUUGUCUAAAAGCAAGAGUCAACUACACCGCCAUCUUCCUCUUUCUGACCAUGGCUGUCUUUGUCUUCGUGCUGCAUAACAUCGAGACCCUAGAGGUUUGGUAUAAAGUGAACUUUACCACUGGCCUCCUGAAACCUGCCACAGACCAUCACAGGCGCCAUGGCUUCUGCACCUUCGAGCCGUUAUCUCCUGAGGAUGCUGAGGAGGAACGCCUUCUACUAGAAUCCACUGCUUGGCCUAAAACUCCAGUUUUGCCAUCUCCUCUUUCGCUGGAGGAAACCAGUGAUCCUGCCCACAGCACCUUCACCAUUCUUCCAGGAAAGGACGGACGACAAUGGCAGAUAGGGGACCAGCUGGAGGUCACAAUAAAAAUGCGUGACUUUAAAGGACGUCCAAAGAACACUGGGGGAGAUGUCUUACUCGCUCGGCUGCACAACCCGAGCCUAGAAGCAGGUGUUGCUGGGAAAGUGGUGGAUCAUCUCGAUGGCACAUACACUGCUGUUUUCUCUUUACUAUGGGAAGGAAGCGCACAGGUCCAGGUGACACUGGUUCAUCCAAGUGAGGCUGUUACUGUGCUGCGAAGGCUGAGCGUCGAAGAGCCAGACAGGAUUUACUUCAAGAGCGUCUUUCGCUCAGGCAACCUCUCCCAAACAACCACCUGUAACAUCUGUUUGCGUCCGACCCAGCAGCCGCAGUGCAACUACACGGACGUCCGCACAGGAGAGCCCUGGUUCUGCUAUAAGCCACAAAAUCUGAGCUGUAAGGCUCGGAUCACCCACUUCAGGGCAGGACUCAGACGAAGCCUCAAGGCCAAGGAGGGGAAACUCUUUCAGCGUCGGGUCAACAUGAAAGUCCCCAUUCGGGCCUCAGAACCUGCCGACAUCACUGUGUUGCCAAAAAAGGAAGGUCAACUAAAUGUGGAGAGCAGCAUUGUGAAGUCUGGACCUGCUGGCUAUUAUUACCAGGGUGUGUGGCAUGCACUCGGUGGAUCGACAGUUCACCAGUUCAACAUUGAAGCAAUCACUCAGUGUUUGAAAGGCAAGGUCAUCUACAUGUUUGGAGACUCCACUGUGAGGCAGUUUUUUGAAUACCUCACUGCUGAACUACCAAAUCUGAAGGAGUUUGACCUGCACAGCCAGAGGAAAGCUGGACCUUUCAUAUCCUUGGAUUAUACAAACAACAUCUUGAUGAAGUACCGCUUCCACGGUCCUCCUAUCCGCACUGUCCCUGUCCCAAUAAGUGAGCUGCGUUACAUGGCCAGUGAACUCAAUGGUGUAACUGGAGGUUCCAACACUGUUGUCAUUUUUUGCGUCUGGGCUCAUUUCGGCACUUUCCCCAUGGAGCUCUACAUCCGGCGGUUGCAGACCAUCCGCAGAGCGGUGGUGCAGCUGCUGGACAGAGCUCCAGACACGCUGGUUAUCAUCCGGACUGGGAACCCCAAGGAACUCACAUUUACUGCAGCGCAAACCAACAGUGACUGGCAAACGUACCAGGUUAACAAGGUGCUCAGAGCCAUGUUCAAAGGACUGAAUGUUCAUUUUGUGAAUGCCUGGGAGAUGACUCUGGCCCACCACCUGCCCCACGACCUCCAUCCAAAACCUCCCAUCAUUAAGAACAUGAUUAAUGUUAUCAUGUCCUACAUGUGCCCUCAACAGGGAGGCUAGAUGUGUGGGACAGGAGUCAUUGUGACUUGGACUUUAAUCAACUGAAGUCACUAUAUUUAUGACUUGCAACUUGACUUGACAAAAACAAAUGACUUGGGACGUGCUUGAGACUGGGACCAAAUUACUUGGGUGUCAUGUUUACCAAUCAAAUCUAUUUUAAGCUGGGCAUUGUUGAGAGAGAUCAGGUAUUACAAAUAACCAAUGCUGAAUGCAGUGCCCCAUGUUUUUCGAGCGGGGAUACAAGAAGCCACUUGCUGUAUUUAUGAAAUUACUGUGUGGUUGCAAUUACAGUUAGCUGAGAUUUGACAACACUAAUCCUGCUGCUAAAUGUCUAGGAGUGUCCUCCUAGUUUGACUGCAAGGUACAAGGAACUUUACAAAUACC